AUGCUCUCACAACUAACAUCACCCCUCUCCCUUUCACUACUCCUCCUGCCCCUCUCCUCCGCCGCUCCCUUGAGCUCCUCCGAACGCUCCCUAAACUUCCCUCCCACUCCUGCGACAAACACCUGCACCGCCGGCACCGGCACGCCUGGCGCCUUCUACAUGUGCCCGGACGCCAACUUCGGCAGCUCGAGCAAGAUUCCGUGCCAAACUCAAGCCUCGCUCAUUUGGACCGGAUAUCGGUGGCGUGUGCGAUUUCUACAAAGAGGCAAGUUGUAA